UUACUUCUCCGGGAAGAAAAACAUUUAAGGGAGGAUACAGAUCUUUUUAGAGCAUCUGGUCAAAACGGCCGCACACAUGAGAGGAUGUAGGGGACGAGUCUAUGGUUAGAAGGUCGUGAUGGUCGUACCCUGCACUGAGUAUGGAGAGGCACAGGCGCCUGUCCUCCAGGGGCUUUGGGAGUAUGUGAAGAGCGGACAGGAGGACGUGCUCCGCUCACCGUACCUGCCCGCGUCUUUUGCGUUCCUGGCGCACGUGCUGCUCUGCGCACCUUUCCUCACGCUGGAUGCGCUGGGGAGCGUCUGUCUGCGGGUUCGGUCAUGGAGGAUGACCGCGGGCUCGGGUCCGCCGCCGUCACUGAGCCGAUGGUUAGAGUGUUUCUGCAGGGUUUUGUAUAAAUACGUGACCGUGGUCCUGCCCGUCACUGCGCUCUUCAACACCCUGAUAAACCUCAAGUUACCUGAUGUGGCCCCCAGCUGCUGGCAGCUCUGCGUGGAGGUGGUGGCAUGCCUGCUGCUCUUUGACAUGCUCUUCUUCAUGUGGCACUACGUCAUGCACAGAGUUUCCUGGCUGUACCGCAACAUCCACCAGAUGCACCACCAGCACCACACUCCCUUCGCUCUGGCAGCUCAGGACUGCAGCUCGGCCGAGCUGUUGUCUCUACUGUUGCUGUCUCUGAGCAGCGCCUGGAUGGUGGGAUGUCACCCUCUCAGCGAGGCCCUCUUCCACCUCAUCAACACCUGGCUUGCCGUGGAGGACCACUGCGGCUACGACCUGCCCUGGGCUCUGCACAGACUGCUGCCCUGUCUGGGAGGAGCCCCCCACCACCACGCACACCACAGUUUGCAAACCAUAAACUACGCCCCUCUCUUCACGCACUGGGACCAGCUCUUUGGGACGUAUCGCGCAUCGGUGCUGAAUUCACGUCCGCAGUGACAAGCCUGUUGCGUUUUUUUUUUUCAGAUUCAAUGAAGGAUGUUAUCUUUUGGCUGAUGAGUUAACCUGUAAUCUCACUGUUCGCUCAUUUAUUACUACACAUCGUCGCAAUCAUACAAUACAAUCACAACUGAUACUUUAUGACAGCAUGAUGUAUGUAACCACUGUAUCGUAGGCCGUAAGUGAAGACCCCCAGCAUUUUCACCUUUGUCGCCAGAGCUUUCAGGGACUGUCGGGGACUGGAGCUGAUUGUGAAACUAAGCACCGCCGGAUGCUGACUGCUCCAGCCGGUGUACCCUGAUUCAUCCUUCCUUAUGACUCAAUCACAUACAAAAUGAGCUGGGUCAGUAAAGUCAUCAAGAAAGCAUUUGCUCUGGUUACAGAGAAAUGGAGCCAAAGACUGUU